AUGUCGCUGCAAACUGUUGCAGUCUCAGUCCUCACCUUGAGCACCCAGCUCCUGGGCACCGCGCUCGGAGCUCCCACGAAGGAGCACGUCGAGCGAGCAGCGUGGCCGUACGGCCCCUUGGUCACCGACGGUCGGGACAUCAAGGACACCAAUGGCGACACCGUGGUGUACGCCGGCGCCAACUGGCCGGGCGCGGCCGACGUGAUGAUCCCCGAAGGCCUGCAGUUCCAGUCGAUCGAGACGAUCGUGACCGAGAUCAAGAGCCUGGGGAUGAACUCUAUCCGGCUGACCUACGCCAUCGAGCUGAUCGACCAGAUCUACGACAACGGCGGGGCCGACGUGACCAUCGAGAGGGCGCUGACGGACGCCCUGGGCGCUUCCAACGGUAGCGCCGUGCUCGGCGAGAUCCUGGCUAGUAACCCGUCCUUCACCGCGGGCACGACACGCCUCGAGGUGUACGACGCCAUCGCGGCCGAGUGCGCGGCGCAGGAGAUCUACGUGCACCUGGACAACCACAUCUCGCGGGGGGAGUGGUGCUGCAACACGGCGGACGGCAACGCCUGGUUCGGCGACACGUACUUCUCCGUCGCCAACUGGACGCGCGGGCUCGGCUACAUGGCGGAGCACGGCAAGGCCUGGCCGGCGCUGGUCUCCAUGUCACUGCGCAACGAGCUGCGGACGCCGGACGACGACGAGGCCCUCGCCAACAGCUCGUACAACUGGCAGGACUGGUACAAGUACAGCAAGGAGGGCACCGAGGCCAUCAACUCCAACAACGCCGACGUCCUGAUCUUCCUGUCCGGCCUGAACUUCGACACGUACCUGACGCCCGUGGUUCAGGGCACGGCCUUGACGCCCGGCAACGAGACGUUCGCCCUGUCCGACUUCGACGGGUACACGGACAAGCUGGUGCUGGAACUCCACAACUAUGCGAACAGUGCGACUGACUGCACGAGCUUGCAACAGAGCCUCUACGACGACGGUUUCCAGGCACUACAUCCCGAGGACGAGGGCACUGUCAAUGUCUUCCCGGUGGCUUUGACAGAAUUCGGCUUCGCCCAGGAUUCAACCACAUGGGAGAGCGUGUACGCGACCUGCAUUGCGGAUUUUCUGAUCAAGGAGAAAACCAGCUGGUUCAUUUGGGCACUUUCUGGAAGUUACUAUAUCCGAUCUGGAACUCAGGACUAUGACGAGACGUGGGGCUUGCUAACCCAUGACUGGUCGACAUGGCGCAGCCCUGAGUACAUUGAGGGUAACCUUACCGCUUUGGUCGGUUCGACUGCAUCGCCUUAG